AUGCGUUUAAAUCCCUCGACGCCAGUCAGUAUCGCCAGUCGUCUGCGGAGUGCGGAUCUGCUACAAGGCAAGCGCGGGGGAGCGGUAACCGUUCGCUGCGCCCUUGCGCAACCCAUGCCGGGGCUCGGCGCAGCGAUACCCGCGGGAGUCGGCACGGGAAACCAGAUUCCGCUUCCUUCCAGCGAAAACUGGUGGGAGCGGCGCGUGCCUGCGAACAUGCGACACGUGGCGAACACGGCGGAAUUCGUGGAGGCGUUAGGCGCGGCGGGGAAUAAGCUCGUGGUGGUUGACUUUUUCGGCACCUGGUGCCGCUCGUGCCGCGCCAUGCACCCCAAGCUGUGCAUGCUAGCAUCGAAGCAUCCGGACGUGAUUUUCCUGCAAGUCGAGUUCGACCCCAACAAGCAGCUCUGCCGGUCGCUCGGGAUCAAGCGGCUGCCCUUUUUCCACUUCUACCGGGGCGCCGACGGCCUUCUAGACGCCUUCCCUGCCACCCUCACCUCGAUUGCUAAAAUCAAGGAGGCAUUGGAGACCCACACCACGGACAGAUGCUCCCUGGGGCCUCCUGCCGGCCCGCACCAAGUGUUGAAUCCUCAGGAGACCGACACUGAAACAGCCUGA